CGAGCUUUUCACCCUAUUUCAUACUGCGAGUCGUGUACCGUGAGUCCACGUCCCCAUUCUCCCGGUGUUCCUGGGAACAAUUUUCAAAAAAUCAUAAUCGUCGGCGUACGAAUUUCCCACGUGUUUUGUGUUCAUUACAACAUCCCCCAGAAGCAGAAGAACAAAUUGUUUAUGAAAACGGGUGAUUUUUAAAAAAUAGCAUUGCGAGUCACCUGAAACGUUUGUACACAUUUCGAACAGUAAACAACGUGAAUUGCAAUCAAGCGUGACAGGGUGCCGACAUAACAAUACCGUACAAACAUAAACAUUUUAUUGCACUUUGUUGGCCAGUACAUAACGAGCUGAAUUUUUCAUAAAUAACAAACACUUAAUUUCCGUCGAUCUCCGUCUGUCACCAAUGAGUUGUUUUGUAUUUGUAACCUGAAAAUUCCCUCACACCUGAUCGCUAAAUACAAAUUUUGUCUUCCACCAAUUUCCGUUAAGUGUACAAUAGAAUGAAAAAUACAUUGGCACGUAUCGUGUAAAUAUGGGAAUUGUACACAUGCAGUUUAUCGUGACUUGAUGUGAAACAUAUCGUGCCGGAAACAAGUUGAGUGCACUUGGGACACGCAAGGUAAAACGACACUGGGAUUUAAUCGUCGAUUACAAGAACUCACAACUGAGACUAUUCAAGUGAAGAAAACUCAAUUGACCUGGUGUUGAUAGAUUAAACAAUAGUGAGGGACGUGCUUUGUCAAGAUUUAUCACGUCUAUUAUUCAAAUACCGACUGAAAUCGAAUAAAAUAACGUUUGACAGUGGAAGGAAUCUUUGGUGAAGUAGUUGAACAGUACGUGCGGGGUGACGUACACUCGUCGUCGUCGUGCGAUGCUCGAGGGUGAAGAGUGUCGGAAGUGCCGAGAGCCUGCACGUACCAAGAGGUAGCACAAAAUAUUGCGCAUCAUCGGGUGCUCUGUACUCUCAUUGUCCACGUCCACGACGACGACGACGACGACGACGACGACGAAGAAGCUGGCGAUUAAAUCGAGAAUUCGUCAAGUCCGUGGAAAAUAAAAAAAUUGAUAAACCGAAUAAAAGUGUCACUCACACGUUGAUGAUAAAUUAUCUGCAUGAACGAGUUCAAGUCUUCGAGAGAAUAGAGCCACUUGGUGAUUGGUGAAUUGUGAGUAGGAAGUGGCGAAACUAUUGUCGUCAUCGGUGAGGAAUAUCGAGUGGUCGUGUCACGUACGAGUCGUCAAUCUUCGGUGAAUAUUGGAGAUAGGAAGAGAAAAAAAACGGAGGAAAGACAUGACCGAUAAUCCGAUGAUCCGACGACACUGGUGAAUGUCCUGCGGUACCCGAGGGGUCAGGGGAGAAAAUAUUAAUCGGGGGUGAGGAGGAUCUGUGAAGGUGUAAAUAGGUGUACAUAAACCGGAGUACAACCCACAUGGACUAAAUUGAGGAAGAGUUACCCGAAUUUGUUACGAAGAAUUCGUUGGGGGUGAGGAGAUGAUAUAUAACUCGAUUACUCGUGGAGAAUAACAAAGAGCCAACGUGCGGGCCCACCUUUUGCAUCCCUUCCGUCUCAUCCCUAUUGUUUUCCGGUGAACUCCUGUUUCAUUUUGUUCUUCGUAAUUUUAAGGGAAUUAUUCAUUGAUUAUUCCGUAGAAUAAAAUCGCGAUAUACUUAUUUAUUCGGAUAUUAGGUGUAAACGAGAGCAGGCUUGGGAGUAAUCUCCUUGGUGGAGUUGAAAAAUAAAACAGAUGUAAUAAUUCAUAGUUCAUUGACUAAGGGCGACAACUUUUGAAAGUUGAAAUUAAAAAUUUUAAUUGAUAAUAACGAUUUAACGUAAAGGAAUAAGCGAAAAAAAAUCCACUAUUUCAACGUCAUUCAUUGUUUUAUCCUCGUUGUUAAAUCGUUGUAGUUUUUUGAAAAGCAGGUCGGAGCAGUACGGGUAAAAAAAAUAAAUAGCCUUUUUCCAAAAGAAUAAGCCACAGCGGUAAUUCAUUAAUGUUCGCGUGGCAUUAUUAGUACGGCACUCAAUCGAUUAUAGAGUGAGUAAAUCAGCGUAGAGAGGAAUUUAAAAAAUCAAAGUCUAUUUAAUCUAGAAUAUUAUCUCGAGGAUUAUAGUUAAGGUAGUGAUAAAUAAUAAGGUUGAGAGUGAAGUGUUUUGAGGUGGUGGAAUGUCAAGAGGUUUUGUGUCAGGGUGUGAGUGACGAGAGAAACGGAAAGUGUUGAAGAGGGAAAAUAUCGAGUUUAGAGUAGAGGAAAUAAGAAGUCUCACCUUGAAAUAAGUGAGAGUUACGUUAAAAUUACAUAAAGCGGUUGAAGGAUCAAAAGAUCUUCUUGAUUAAAAAAUUUUUCCUCCUCUUGAAUUCAUUUCUCUCCCUAUUUUCAUCGUAAUAAAUUCCUCAAAAUCAAUUUAUAUCUCCCUCACUCGCUAGUACCUUUAACAAUUAUUUUAUGAUAAAAUAAAGGGCUUGAAAAACGUGAGUGGAACGAGAGCAACGGGACCAAUUUAUUCGGGCUUUCUCAUUCACGUGGCACAUGCAUUAUUGUUCUGUGAAUGAUUAACCAUUUCUUUUUUUUUGCUUCCAUCUCUUGAGAAACGGAAGCAGAAAAAUCUGCUGUAGUGGUUAAAACAAAGGAAAGGGAGAGAGAGAGAGAGAGAGAGAGAGAGAGAGAGAGAGAGAGAGAAGAUUUUUUUUCGAGGUACAGUGAAAGAAGUAUAGGAUAAAUAGUUAAAUGUAAUGGGCAUCGUGGUAUAUCCAUUUGUCUUUACAUUCAUUUCCCCUCUUUAAUCACUCCUCCCACCCAGUCCCGUGUAAUAUUCACCCUCUUGGCCCGUUCCGCAACGCACAACACGAGCAAUAAAUCAAGUAGACGAAGAGAAAACGGAAGUGGAAGAGUGUACAGUGAAAGGAGUGAUGACGGUGAAGUAUAACUGAGAGGAUAUUAUUACUCCCUGACUACUAAAGAUUUUAAAACAAAAAAAUAAAUAAGAAAUAACGAAGAAACACAUUAAGAAGGGGACGGGAUUCACCAGAAAUAACCAGAACCCACAUUAUCCGUCGUAUGAUCAAUAAGAGAAGGUUUGAGGGUUUUUCAUAAAUAGGAUGACCAGUUGAAUAAAGCACCUCCCGUGACAACCCUACACAUAAGGACAAGAUUAAUCAUUAACUUGUGGCAAUAAAGGCUGGGGCUGUGGGAGAACAAAUAAAUAAUACAUUAAAGGAAAAAGAAGGGAAAAGUGUAACAAAAGACACCGAGAAACAGGCAAUGAGGCCAUCUUGAAGCGGGCAUGUCGGCCCUGGCCUCUCCGAAAUGCGACGAGAGGAAUUCACGCGUGAACGAGAAGGCUGGAAGGGUCAUUGUAACGUGUCACAAGGGCCACAGUCUGAUCUCAUCAAAUCGUCAUCACGCCGUACUAAUUUCCUCUAUUUCGCUUCAACGUACAUUAGCACUGAUGCUACUGUUAUUUUUUGGCACGUGUGUGGCACAUCGGCCAUUGCGUCAGCCACAUUACAAAAAAAAAGAUUACGAUGCUACGACAUUAAAAGCUGUAACAAUGGUGCGAUAGCACGAACUAGCAUCGAAGGUGCAAACCAUGUCGGGCUUGGACAUGAACAGCGUCAAUAACGCAGGUAGUCUGGCGUCGACGAGCAUCUUCGAGGAGAACAUGAGCACUCUGGUCGACUGGUCAUCUUCAGGUAACAUCAGCAGCAGUUCUACUGUACCAUCAUCAACUCCACUCCCAUUAUUCCCAUCGCCAUCCCCAUCGUCAUCGUCAUCGUCAUCAUCGUCGUCCUCAUCGUCAACAUCAUCAUCAUCAUCAUCAUCAGUCAGUACUGCUGGAACAACGGAAUUGAAUAGUGAUCAGCAUGAGACUGUUGGUGAGAGAGGUGGUCGUAUGACAACAACCAAUUGUCCCAGUAAUCUUUAUCACUGUAACGAGGACCAAGUGACGGAUUCAUUGAUUGAGAACCAGGAGGACAGUGAACAAGGGGAGGACGACGGUUACGCAUCGGGUGACGAGAGUGGUAAUACUGAUGAUGAUAUUUUCAUUGAAGUAUCGUCAAUUGGUGGUAACGAGGAAGAAUUGAAAUACGUAUCAGCUGGUACUGAUAUUGGUGAAAAUUCGGGAAUUUUGUUUGGUUUUGAUGACGAUUUUAGCACGAUGGAGGAGCAGUUAAUCAAUGUCAGUGUCUUCAAUAGAACUGACAAUGUCACCGACAACAAUGAUACAUAUAUUGGUGGUGAUGACAGCCUAUUUCCUUCUGGUUAUAGUUUGCUGCAAAUAAUAUUGGCAUCUAUAGCAGCAACGAUACUUAUGAUUGCUGUUAUUGUUGGUAACGUGUUAGUUAUAAUAGCCAUUGCAACAGAAAAAGCACUGAAAAACAUUACCUAUUGGUUUAUUGCUAGUCUAGCUGUUGCUGAUUUUUGUCUCGGUCUUUUUAUAAUGCCCUUCUCACUUGCUAAUGAGAUAAUGGGCUAUUGGAUAUUUCCUUAUUGGUGGUGUGACAUACAUUCGGCAAUGGAUGUGUUACUGUGUACGUCAAGUAUUAUGAAUCUAUGUCUCAUAAGUUUGGACAGAUAUUGGAGUAUAACAAAAGCAGUGGUAUAUCUGAGGAAGAGAACACCGGCUCUUGCUAUUACCAUGAUAGCACUCGUAUGGUUGCUGUCUGGUUUAGUGUGUAUACCACCUUUACUUGGCUGGAAGAGGCCGAGAGUCGAGGAGGAGUAUCCAAAGUGCAUGCUGUCCGAGGACAUUGGCUAUGUGUUGUAUUCGGCACUCGGCAGCUUCUACGUACCAUCCUGUAUUAUGGUGGUUGUAUACAUAAGAAUAUAUUACGCUGCUAAACGGAGAGCGAGACGGGGUAUACGGAUGCUGCCACGACCACGUCCAGCUACAGCACCACCAGAGUCACCGGAUAUCCGUCAGACGAGUUUCACCCAGUUAACACCAGCAACAGACUCGAGACAGUCACCAGGGAUCACCAUCAUUGAGAAUGUUGCUACUAUUGAGAGCCCACAAAUGCAGAUACCUAUUGUAACGUGUGAUUAUGCUAGUGAUGUCAGCACUUCGGAGGUUGAUCCAACGAUGAAUCUCGCAACGGAGGAGAAAGAUACGUUAAAGGUGGGUAUGCCGCUACCAAUGCAGAAGCUAAACCUCAAAGCAGCCCUGUCAGCCAAUGGUGAUGGAAAAUCCACGAGUCCAGCCCUACCAGCCCGUUAUCGUGCGCCCAGUGUCGGUGUAGAUGUCGACAUGGUUUCGGAAUUUGAUCCAUCAUCAUCGGACAGCGGAGUUGUGUCAAAGUGCGCUGUGGUGAAGCCCCUGAAGCUGCGCAUAUGUCGGCCAAUAUUCGGUAAGAAAGCAAUGAGGAAAAUAAAAAAGGAACCGAGUAAUGACACUCGUCAAGGCAAUCCUGAUGGGGUUUCUGUUGAAGCAAAAACACCAAAACCGAGGGAUCCAGAGCGUGAGAAGCGGCGAAUAGCGAGGAAAAAGGAGAAAAGAGCAAUACUCAUACUGGGCCUGAUAAUGGGUAGCUUCAUAGCAUGUUGGCUGCCAUUUUUCUUUCUUUACAUUAUCAAACCAAUGAUACCGAGUGUUACGAUACCAGGACUUGCAUUCACCAUUGCAUUUUGGCUCGGUUACAUGAACUCCGCCCUCAAUCCGGUUAUAUACACUGUAGUCAACAAGGAUUUUCGUCGAGCAUUUCGCCGAAUAUUAUUCAAAUAAGAUGUUGAUUGUAUCAACUAUUGUAAUUAAAAUCAUUCAACGAAUUAUUGUCAUUGGUCUGACUAAAUUGCGAUGUUAUCACUCAUUUUUCAAACAAUGCUGUACAGAGACAAAUUACUAUUAAAUUCUACCCUUAGAAUUGAGUAAUCGUACAGUAUAUUGAGCUUCGAGAUAUUUUUACCUGAUUUGAUGGAGUGAAUGCAAUACGAAAACAUUAGAACUCGUUUGUGGUAUGUUUACUUGAACAAUUCAGCCGCACAUUGGUAAAUCGAGAUAACUUAACUUAUAUUUCCGUCGAGUUUUUGAGAUAUAUCUGGCAAUCUAAGGGAGAUAAAUGAACUCAAAUUUGCAUAAUUUCCGGUGGAUAAUUGAGCUGAUAUUUACGGUGUCAAGAAAAUAUGUAAUUUUCCAAGAUGAGAUUUUUAAAAUUAGAGUAAUUGUAUAAUUCGUUACAAGUUUCCAGUAUGCAACUGCCAACUUCAGAAUAUUUACGUUUAAAAUUAAUUUGAAAUUUCAUUAAUUGCCACAAUUAUAUUCUGAAUAUUGUAAAUUUGAUUUUCUGUGAUGAUCAAAUCAUUAAUCAGAUUGAAUUGAAGAAAUUUGAUGUUUACUCCUGUUAUGAUUGGCACCACAAUCAGAACCCUAAUUCGAAAACUCCGUUCAAAAAUGGAAAAUGACAAUCGACUGUCCCCUGUAAAUAAUCGUCGUCUCAAUUAUGUCAAUUGUCAUUAUCACAAAUACCCGAAGAUAUUCAUUUCAUUGAAUAGAAAUGGUAUGUAAGCCAAUUGCAAUAAUUUACAAAUUUUUUACUUCAAAUUGCCAGAAUAAUUUUUCCAAGGUCACUAUACGAUUGCUAGAAUUUAAGGGGAAAUUUAAACAGAAAUUUUUCUCCCCCUAGGAUUAAUGGUUGGGAGAGACGAUGCUGAGAGAAUACUUUCUCAGAGGUGGCGAAAUCGACAUUAUACUUCCAACAAAAACAUUACUUUUGCCAAAUAGUCACUGACUUCAGGGAAGUAUGAAAGUUUCCAAUCAUUUAUUUCUGCAAUUGAGUAAUUCCCGGAUAAUUCUGAUUAGGUAUGAAUUGCAUCAAUUAUAUUGUUCUAGAACGUGAUCAUGUUAAUUAUAACCUUGAGUGAGCUCCUGCAAUAAUUAUAAGCAUUAAAUAACUCAACGAAAUGCUUCACUCAAGGAAAUUAGAAAUUUAUAAAGACUAAAUAAUUAUUAAUGGAGUUCAUUCAAGGUCGCAUACAAAAUACUAAGCCUCUAGAGUGAUAUGAUUAUAAUAAUAUUAACCUAAUUCUAUCUCCCUUGGGAGUGAUUAAGCCCUAUAAAUCUAAUUUUGCAAAAAUAAAUAUUUCUCUGAAGUAAAUGGAUGUUUGGCAAAAAUAUUUUUUUUCCCCGUGUACACAUCGCAGGGUCAAGUGCUCAUAGUCCCCCUCGAAUUGAGCACAAAUUUGAUCUUGAAGAUCGUCGAGUGGGUAACAAACGCGGUCCAUACUGACCGAUGGAGUGGCCAGUUUGGUGGGAGACGUGUGUUGCCAAGAAAAUUUGCCGAGCCAACCAAACAGCCCCAGAUCGAACCAAACCGCUGAAGCCACUUCUGGUAGAAGUGAAGGUGUGUAUAUGUAUAUGUACAUAGAGCCGCUGAGAGCUCCGAUAAUAUCUAGUACACGUUCUCCACAACUUUUUUUUCUCAUUCCUUUCCUGUCGUUUGCCGACAAUUUUGCCUACUACCUUCUUUUUCUCUCUUUUUUUCACGAGCCUGUUUUUACGACUGGGUUUAUGGACUCGUUUGCAGAGACUAUUUCUCUCAGUGUUUCGCUUUGUCUUUCUAUUUGCCACCGCACAAUUGUAUACUACGAUGUACCUUUUGCGUUUUGUUCUCGCACGGGAUUAUGGCCGAUGAAUCGGUGGGCUACUCUACUGAUGGGCGAGUGGUUCAGCUGUAUUUGCGCACGGUUGCAGUAACAUGUCCAUUCUCGAGACUCGGGCAAACUAGUGCAGGCAACAAAUACAGGCCGUUCAGAAUAUAUAUCGUGUUUUCCGGUUUACAACAAUUGAUGAUGAA